AUGAGACUCUGAGCGCUCACGACAGCAACGAUCGGCAACGAUAGUCCAGAGACGGGCCCGCGACAGCUGCGACCGUGUGUGCCGCUCUACGCCGCUACGACCAUCUCGAUCGAUCGACAUUUAUCUACGAAUCAUCAGUGGUGGAUUACCGGAGGAUUGAACAAGAAGAUACGAUGCUUACGAUCUGAAACGACUUGUCUGAGCUGAACGACUCACGAAUUCGAACAUCGGCGCUUAUUUUGAACGAAAGAGGCUCGACCAAGCAGUGGUGGUUCUUAUCUACGUGCUGAACUUGUGCCAACGAUCUCCGUUUGUGGCCUGGCGCUGACCGAUCACAACUUCGGAGGCCAUGAGUCCGGUGGGCCGCUCGGCUCGCCACGAGCUGCAUGGCGAACAGUUGUACGCCGCCCGCCGCGAGAAGGAAUUCAAACAGCAGCAGUUCGACCGGCAAGUGUCCGUCCUGCACCGACAGGCCGCGCGCCGCGCCUGGGAGGACCGCUCUGACCUGAAGCGAGUUGAUGCCUCAGGCCGCGCUCGCACGCUGCAGCAGUCCGGCUGUCGUGAUGACAUGCUGUACGCGCGCCGCUGUAAACUCCGUGAGAAGUUGGAGCGCGAGGAGGCGGCGCUGGAAGCGGAGCUGACGCAGCCGGUGCAGACGGCGGACCAGAGGCGAGAGGAGAUGCGCCGACAGCUGGCUGAGCUCCGCGGAGCGCGCGAGCGAGAGCGACGUGAGUUCGCCGAGAAGAUGUACGACUACCAGUGGCGACUGGGCUGCGACGAACUGCGUGCGGCCGUUAGUUAUCAGCACGCACAGGAGGUGCGCCGAGAUCGGGACGCGCAGCUGGCCGAACAGCGCGCGCUGCGUGCCGAAGAGGCCAGUCAGGAGGCACUGCAUCAACAGAUACUGGAGGAGGACGUUCGUGCUUUCCAUCGUGAAGCAGCCGCGCAUGUCAAUGACGCUAAACAAGCAGAGCGCAUGCGUAUGGAGGUUCUCAACAAGCAGCAGCAGGCACGCCAGAGCGCCGCGGUACGCGAGCGAGAAGAGAACGCGCGUGAGGCAGCCGAAUUGUCCGAGCGGCUGGCCAAAAUGCGUGUCGAGGAGGAAGAAGAUGCCCGGCGGCGCCGCGAGCAGGACCGCCGCUGCCGUGCCGAGAUGCUCGCCGAUAUGGCCGAGCGACGCCGCGUCGCCGAGGAGGAACGACGCCGCGAUUUGGAAGCCGAGCGAGAGAUCUGCGCGCGUGAUAAUGAAGACUGCGCUCGUGAGACGGCUGCCGAGGCGGAGCGGCGCGUGGCGCACGCUCGCGGUAUGGACGCCUAUCUAACCUACCUGCGCCAAGCGCGGCUGGAUGAACAGCGAGCUGAACAGGAGGUGGAACAGCUGGUGCAGCAGGAGGCUGAGGCCGUCUACCAACGACAGCGCGAGGAGUGGCUGGCGGAACGCCGGCGCCGUCAGUGCCUCCUCCAGGAGACCAUCGACAUCCGGCGCGGACAGGUAGAGGCCCGGCUGCGGCGCGCGCGUGAGGAACGCGCCCAGGAUCGCGCUUAUCAUGAACAACUAGCGCGUGAGCUGGAGCGACUGCAGCAGCUCGAAGAGGAGCGUCUCGAGCGGCUCCGUGAGGCGGAGCGUGAGCACGCGGCUGACCUGCGGGCGCAGAGCGAGUACCGGCGCCGUCAGGAGCAGGAGAGAGUGGAGGAGGAGCGGCGACUGGCGGCGGCCUGCGCGCAGCAGGAGCAGGAGUAUCAGGAGAGGCUGGAGCGCUGCCUGCGCGAGAAGCUCUGCGACCGGCCGCACCCGUGGCGGGCCGAGCACAAGCAUUAUGAUGUGCUGCCGGCGCCGGGGACCCCUGAGGCGGCAGCCACUGCACAGUGACGGGAGAGUGUGGUGGAACCGAGGGAGGAUGAGGUGGGCGGGGAGCGCAGGCGGUGCGAUGGGUCUGAAAUGCGAUGAGAUGAGAGUUGCAAGUUCAGAAAUAAUGAUCGCAGAUAUAUUUCUGUCCUUGCUUCUUAGACCCGUUUUUCGCGUGUCAUGUACCAUUCCUGAACAGUCAGUUGGGAAACAUUGAACCCAUCAUGGUCCUUAUUUUGUUAUAGUUUUCGAACUUUGUCAGCUCGAGUUGGUAUUAUAGUCUAUCGUUUAAAACUCAUCAAUUAAUUGGCUGAGAAACUGUCGUCCAUUCCCCUUUGUUUUGUAAUAAAUUGUCCAGUGUCCCUGGAAUACCGUGUUCAAUCAGUUUGCCUGAUCUGUUGAAUGAUGUCAAGUUUCAACAGUGGCCUAUUAUAACGUCUAACAAACUCGGUGAUGUCGCUCAAUUGCUGAAGCCAGUCCUCGUGCUUCGAUUAUAACUUUUCCAUUCACAAGUUGACAUUGCUUUUUUCGCUUCAUGUAAUGUAAAAAAGUGUUUUUAAUGCAAUGCUUGACGUAUGCGUGCCUACUGCCUACCCGUCUGAAGUCGAGCGAGCGUCGUUUUCUGCUUUUUAUCUGAACGUGUCGAACUCCAGUAAUAAACGCUCAUCGAUCGA